CGCUCCCCAUUGGACGCCCGUGCCGCCGGAUAUCCGCUGAGAGUCACGUUGUGGCGGCGAUGGCGGAGCCCGGGGCCGAGUUUCUCAUCAGCGGCGGCACCGGUUAUGUCCCGGAGGACGGGCUGAGCGGUGCGCAGCUCCUGGGGGCCGGAGACGGGCUGACCUACAAUGAUUUCCUGAUCUUGCCAGGAUACAUUGAUUUUACCUCCGAUCAAGUGGACCUUACCUCUGCACUCACCAAGAAGAUCAGACUAAAGACGCCGCUCGUCUCCUCCCCGAUGGACACAGUGACUGAAGCCAAUAUGGCCAUUGCGAUGGCGCUGAUGGGAGGAAUCGGUUUCAUUCACCACAACUGCACCCCCGAGUUCCAGGCCAACCAAGUGCGCAGGGUGAAGAAAUACGAACAGGGAUUCAUCACGGACCCAGUGGUGAUGAGCCCCCGCGAUCGGGUCCGCGACGUUUUCGAGGCAAAGGCUCGGCACGGGUUCUGCGGGAUUCCCAUCACCGAUUCUGGAAAGCUGGGGGGGAAGCUGGUUGGAAUCAUCUCAUCUCGAGACAUCGACUUCCUGACACAGGAGAAGCACGACCUCCCGCUGGCUGAGGUGAUGACGAGGAGGGAGGACCUGGUCGUGGCUCCAGCAGACAUUACCCUGAAGGAGGCCAACGAGAUCCUGCAAAGGAGCAAGAAAGGGAAGCUCCCAAUCGUUAAUGAGGACGACCAGCUGGUGGCCAUCAUCGCUCGGACCGACCUGAAGAAGAACAGGGACUACCCCCUCGCCUCCAAGGACUCCCGCAAGCAGCUACUGUGCGGGGCAGCCAUCGGCACCCAUGAGGAUGACAAAUAUCGGCUCGACCUCCUGGCCCAGGCAGGGGUGGACGCUGUGGUCCUGGAUUCCUCGCAGGGAAACUCCAUUUUCCAGAUCCACAUGAUCCAACACAUUAAGGAAAAGUAUCCGGACUUGCAGGUUAUUGGCGGGAAUGUGGUGACGGCAGCGCAGGCGAAGAACCUGAUCGAUGCGGGGGUGGACGCUCUGCGAGUGGGGAUGGGCAGCGGCUCUAUCUGCAUCACACAAGAAGCUGCACCCAAGAUUCCUCCAGACAUAAAGUCUCUCAGCCCCAAACUCCCAUCGACUGUGUCGGGCUCCUUUAUGCUGGCAGUCGGGAGGCCGCAGGCUACAGCGGUGUACAAGGUGGCCGAGUACGCCCGGCGUUUUGGGGUGCCUGUCAUCGCCGAUGGAGGGAUCCAAACAGUGGGACACAUUGUCAAGGCUCUGGCGCUGGGAGCGUCCACAGUGAUGAUGGGAUCCCUCCUGGCUGCGACGAGUGAAGCGCCCGGUGAAUAUUUCUUCACCGAUGGGGUGAGGCUGAAGAAAUACCGUGGGAUGGGAUCAGUUGACGCAAUGGACAAACAUGUUGGCAGCCAGAGUCGCUACUUCAGUGAGUCGGACAAGAUUAAAGUGGCUCAGGGAGUGUCUGGUGCUGUCCAGGACAAGGGUUCCAUCCAUAAGUUCGUCCCGUAUUUGAUUGCUGGAAUUCAACACGGCUGCCAGGACAUCGGAGCUAAGAGUUUAACACAGCUUAGAGUGAUGAUGUACGCUGGAGAGCUGAAGUUCGAGAGGAGGACGCUGUGUGCUCAGAUGGAAGGAGGAGUCCAUGGGCUGCAUUCGUAUGAGAAGAGACUUUUUUGAAUCCUGUGGGGACCUUUCUCCAGGCCUGUCCAGACAAACUUCCAGAUCCACUUUCCCUUCCACUCUCAGUAAAGAACUCAGGACUGGGAUUUGAAGCCUGAUUCUGCGUGGCUCACCUUGCUGUGAAUUCUUUAGAGGAAUGUUUUGUUGGUAAACUGGAUUGGAAACCUGGGCGUGCGAGCUACAGCCGUC